AUGUCCGAUCCGGCGGUCACCCACUGCGACGCCGUGCUCCCGCACGCGGCCACGCUCGAAGCCCAGCUAGCCCUGCUUCAAUCCGACGACCUGCGCACGGCCCGUCCUGCCUGUCGCGCCUUCUGCGCGGCCGCCGACGAGUACCUGCAGCUACCCACGCUGCUGGACCCGCUCCUGCCCUCGCUCCUCCCCCCGCUCUUCACCCUGCUCUCCGCGCGUCUCACCUCGCUCCCCGCCGCCCCCGCCGCCCCCACCGCCCGUGAGCUGCUGCUGGCCCGCCUGCCGGCCGACGCCCUGUACACCCUGUCCAAGGUCCGCCGCCUCAAGCCCUUCUCGCGCCACUUCCCGCACCGCGUCUCCCACCUACACGCCCUCUCGCGCCACGUCGCCCGCGCCGCCGCCGCCUUCCCGCCCGACCACUACUGGACCGUCCACUACGUCCUGCUGGCCUGGGCCGCCGUCGCCAUCCAGCUCCCGUUCCCGCUGCGCACCAUCCUGCAACCCGCCGCCCUCGCCGGCCUGCUCGACCCCGCACGCGACGCCCUCCACCGCUCCGGCCCAGUCGCAGCCGUCGCCGCCGCCUUUCUCGCCCGCCUCGCCGCACGCCGCGACGCCGCUGCCGAGCGCGCAGACCUCCUCGCAGCCGCCGUGCGCACCGCCCUCGAGCCCGCGGACUCCCCCGCCAUGCGCAUCCCCGCCCUCACCCUGCUGGCCGCCAUCUUCAAGUUUGCCCACCGCGACGACUUGCGCCUUCACGUCGCGCCCGUGCGGGACGCCCUCGCCCCGCUGCUGCGCCCGCACAAGACAAACACUACAGAGGCCCACCUCUUCACCAAGCUUGGCGGGAGGCUGGCGCUCGCCGUCCUGCCGCCGCGCCUCGCCCCGUGGAGGUACGACCGCGGGAGGAGGGGGGUGGUUGCCGGCCAUGUCGGCGUGGUGGAGGACGGGGAGGCAGAGGAGGACGACGAGAUAGAGGAGGAGGCCGCGGAGACACUGGAGACCGUCGUGGAGAUCCUGUUGAGCGGUUUGGCGCACCCGGACACGGUUGUGAGAUGGUCGGCGGCGAAGGGCGUUGGGCGUGUCACCUCGCGCUUGCCGCUGGUGUACGCGCAGGACGUCGUCAACUCCGUGCUGGACUUGUACAGCCACGUCGGCGAGGCGCGCGCGGACGCAAGCUGGCACGGCGGCUGUCUGGCCCUCGCGGAGCUUGCGCGCCGGGGGCUCCUGCUACCUCGCGAGCCCCAGUUCGCCCAGACGUUCGACGUCAUUGGGAAGGCCGCCGCCUUCGACAUGCGCCGCGGCGCGAAUUCCACCGGCGCACACGUCAGAGACGCCGCGUGCUACGGCGUGUGGGCGAUGGCCAGGGCGUACUCGAGGGAAGACCUGGCCCCGUAUGCAAAGCAGAUCACAAACUGCAUGCUCCCGCUCGCGCUGCUCGACCGCGAGGUGAAUUGCAGGCGCGCCGCAGCCGCUGCGCUGCAGGAGUGUGUCGGGCGCUUGUCCGAGCGCCUGUUCGAGGAUGGCAUUAGCCUCAUCACGCUGGCAGACUACUUUUCGCUGGGGGAUCGCGUUGCCGCCUACCUGCGCAUCGCACCCCAGGUCGCCAGUCUGGCUGGGGGCGAACAUUUUGACUGCAUUUUGUAUCACCUCACGCACAAGAAACUUGUGCACUGGGACCCCGCAGUGCGCGCGCUCGCGUCUCAAGGGCUUGCGGCCUUGCUCGCAGUGGACAAUGGCAAUGUCAUUGUCCAACGUGUCGUACCCAAACUGUUGCAAAUGGCGAAAGAAAGGGGGGAUAUGGUCAUUCGCCAUGGCGCUGUGCUCGGCCUGGCAGAAGUUGUGAGGGUUGUUGGUGCUGAGAAUCUCGACCAAGCUGGGGCUGAAGUCCGCAAUGUACUGGUAAGUUUCCUUGUACCUGACAAGAAGGCGCUUGCAGCUUUUUUUGAAGUCAUUAACGAUUGUUUCUUUGUAUGUUUUCCCUAUUGCAGCACAUGCUUGAGGGGACCAAAGCGUUCAAUGGCCGAACAGGGGAUCGGAUGCGGCUUGCCUGUUGCCAUUUGA